AUGGCUAAAACAGCUGCUGUGGAACAAUCCGCUCCCAACAAACCGCCGAAACUUACUGCAGGCGAGAUUACACCGCAGGUCGCCCAUGAUUGGGAGAACGCCUGCGAGACAUACUUCCUACAUAAAUCAGUGGAGGCAGCUGACCAAGUCAAAAUGAUAGCAUUCGGCAUGUUAGAUCCACGCCUACACACCUGGUAUUUGACACAGCGAGCCACCCUCGACGCGGGCACGUUUCAAAACUACAUGAAGGCUCUUAGAGACGCUUGGUUAGAAAGUCACUGGGCGAACAAGCUACGCAAGAAAGUUCUCGGCUCGCGCCAAGGUACUCGCCCAUUCUACGAGUGGGCACUAGACGUGCAAAACCAAAAUGCGCUACUCUACGGGAAUCCAACGUACCUCGACGAGACUCAGCUCCGUAAUCAACUUGAGGCCAACAUCUGCGACGAGCUUACCAUUCCGGUAUUCAGAGCGAAACUCGCUGACGACCUUUCUCUUAAGGAUUGGAUUGAGGAGGUGAAGCACCUCGACGACGAACGUCUCGAGGAUCUAGCCUCCCACAAGAAGAUCGCCGAAGAAUUACAUAGGUCGUCUAGACGAAACGUAACAUCCACCAUCUCCAACAAACCCUCUUCCACCUACCCGAAAACCUACAACUCAUCCUCCCCACGCUUGGGCUCACUAACAGAGGCCGAACGCACCUUAUUGGUAAAUCAUAAAGGGUGCUUCAAAUGCCGAAGGUUCUACGUGUCACAUCAAUCAAAGGACUGCACAAGCGGCGCGCCAGAAGCUUCUUCUUACAAGACGUUAACCAAAGCGGACGCCAUCGCAGCAAAACCAAAACAAAAGACCGUGGCCGCUGUUGGACCUGUGGGAGCUGUGAUGCCGUCUUCAGUUCUCGAAGACGGGUCCGACUCUGAGGAUGAU